AUGGGUGAUGGUGGUAGGCAGUAUUCAUGUACCUUCUGUGGCCGGGCUUUUGUUCGCAAUGAACAUCUGAUUCGACACAGACGGAUUCGUAAGAGCCCGCACGGCCCGCUUCCAGUACUUGCUGACUUCCUCAUAGACACCCUGGAGAAACCCUUCGCGUGCGGCUAUUGCCCCCAAAGAUUCUCCCGAUCGGAUCAGUUUCGUCGGCAUGUCUUGAGUUCACAUGCAGACCUUCCGCUUCACGACGCCCGCCUCAGUGGCAACCCGCCCACUGACAAGCAGGAGCGCGUCAAGAUUGCCUGUGACCAUUGCAACAAGGCCAAGGUAAAGUGUGUCAAAGGCAUCCCUUGCAGCUCUUGCGUUUCAAAGCGGCUUGAAUGCAGAAUCUCAGAGAACAGACUCGCCGCCUCGCGCGGGAGGUCAUUAUCAACCUCUGUUGGAUCGCUGGGCGAUCUCCCAAACUCCCAUACUUCGCGACCGUUCCAGCAGUCGAAUACUGAUCUGUCUUCUCGGGCUGACGAUACCACCAUCAUUACCAAUGCUGAAGCAGCCACUGGGCAGAGUCGCAUCGGGGACGAUGACGAUGACGACGCCUUGAACCGUGCAAGUGCGUUCACCGCUCCGGCACCAAUGGUAAACGAUUUCGAAGUUUCUGCUAUUUUCAAUGCGGUCGACGGUACAGAGAUUCAAGAAGGGACCCGAACAACAUAUGAUAGUCUCUUCGAGUUUGACGACUUCCUGUCUCUAGAGCACAUCGACGUCGAAUUUCCCGUCCUCGGCUCGGAUUUCAAUUUUGAGCUGGACUGGGUAGGUCAACCCUCAAACGGGGAUCCAAUUCAACUAGACACAUCGGUGACAGAGGGCCAAACUUCUUCUGAGACAUUUCGACGGUUCCGACACUUCUCAGACCUCGAUACGUCUCGGGCUCAGUCUCCAGCUUCGUCAUCUGCGAGGCCCCAUUUUGCAUCCGCACCCGCCACCGAAGAUCCGACGUCAACAGGCGUGGACAACAGAGCCGUUCUUGAUGUCUUCAUCACAUUGUUCGAGAUCAAUGCUGCCCCGUGGCUCGACGCGAUAACCGACGAGAUUUUCAUCACCUCCAAAACCCCUCCGGAAUGGUUUUUAGCAAUCGCAGCUUUGGGAGGACUCUUUUGCAAUACUCCAGGUGCGGGCACCAUUGCCCGAUGGCUCUACAACAAUUCGAGAUAUAAGCUCCUAGCUUUUGUAUGUUGUUUCAUGGUUCCGUUACGCCAGACUGACUGUUCAAAGGUCAACACGUCUUCUUUCAGUCUCGCGUCCACGCGUGACAAGAAAAUUGCCCUAGAAACGGUAACCAUUCCUUCGACCAUUUUUCAACGUCCCCUGACAGUUGACAAGUCUAUUGUGCUCUCCGUCUUUGGAUAUCUUGCCGGUGACAAGAGAAUUUUCGAGUUGACAGAAGUUCAUCACGCCAAGCUGAUCGAAGUUCGUGUGACACUCCACAACUGCGUGCUCUCAUCGCUGACUUCAUAG